GUCUCAAAUUAAAAAAAAAAACAAUGCCCUAUCGCCGUCUGCUUGCCGGCGUUGGACCCCAUCCUCCCGCCGGCGUCGGACUCCGUCCGCUCGCCGGCAGGCAGACGGUGUACGAUGCCGGCGGGCGGACGAGGUCCUACGCCGGCAAGCGGACGGGGUCCGACGCCGGUGAGCGGACGGGCAAAAAGUUUCAGGAGGAGGUCGGUCACGGGGUUUACCUGAUUCGCUGGUCCGACGAUGGGGCGUGCUGCCGUCAGGUGGCCGGCGAAUUAUGCUGACGAGAUUGGUCCGAUGGCCGGCGACUUAGUCUGCCGUCCGGUGGCCGUGAAUCUGGCUAUGGUGUUUGUGGGGGGGUUGGUGGUCGGGACUCGGGUGGUGUGUAUGUUGUUUAAGAAACCAUUUCAGCGAAUAGAAUAUAAAGAAAAAUUUUGA